UUUUCCCUCUUCCAUUCAUCGAGUUGUGCGUGACUGGAAACAUGGCUUUUCUUUUCCACUGUGCAGCCUCAAAACUAUCAUCUGCUCAGCCUCUGAGACAUCCAUUAUUGCGGAAAAACUUGGCUGCUAUUUCGGCGUUCUUCAGCACGUCUUCUAGUCAAAGUGCUAUAAAGAAUGUUAUGGUCAUUGGAAGCGGUCUCAUGGGAGCUGGGAUUGCUCAGGUUCGAAUGAAAAUAUUUUUAGCUUUUAACAACUUGAUCUUUGAUUUGAUCGAAGAAUUUAGUUGUUUAUUAAAUGUCACGUAUGGCUUUUAUGAAUAAGUAGUAAUAAUAAUACUAAUCGUGCAUCUUCUUUUACAGAUAAUGAAAUAUAUAUGAAUAUCAUCGGAGUGCCAUUAAUUUUUAACGAUAAUUAUUAAGUUUAUAUUAUUGUUCAUUUAAGCUUUAAAUAUUCUUUCUGUUUCUGAUUGGUUCAAAUAUCCUGACUAGUUCUUCAUGACCGGCUGGUAGUUUAAUACUAACUUUGAAAUAUAUUUAGAAUAUUUAUACCGUUAUUGAUGUCAGUCACCAAAUAUCAGUGAUUAGUAUAUGAUACUAAAACAGUGGAUAGUGUUUUUCACACACUCUGAUUAGCUAAUCAAGCUCAGGAUAUCCAUCGCUAUUCAUUUAUUUACCUCCAGCUCCACCGAGCGAGCAACACCAAACUCAUGUUAAGUUAUGAGCAAAUUGGCUUUCCAGUUUGCUGCUGUAACAAACAAAAUACAUGAAGAAGGUGAUGAAAUUCGGUUUGGAAGUUUUAACAGGUAAUGCUGUGUCUGCUUGACUCGAAUUUAUCGAUGAAACCAUUGAAAAAGUUUUUUUUGUUUACCAGGGAUCAAACCAAGAACCCCCACCCUUCUAUCAACUAAGAGCUAAUCCUGCCAAUGGUUUAUUAGGUUGCUGCAGCCACAAAUCAUCAAGUGACGAUGGUGGAUCAAACAAAUGCAAUUUUGACAAAAUCUAUGAGAUCCAUCGAGAAAAGCUUGGACAGAGUUGCAAAGAAAAAGUUCAAGGAUGACACAGAGGUGGGUAAAAAUUAAAAUGAUCAACAGGCGAUGGGCGCUGGUACCUAUUUAUAAUUUUUACCCACUGAACAUUGUUAAUAUAAUACCACAGAACUCUAUUAACCCUCAGUAUGGUUACAUCACAGUUGGAAAACUCAAUGUUACGUUACCAUUUCAUCUUUAUAGAUCUAUUGAGAAUAUUUUGCUAUAAGUGAAAAAAAAACACACAGGGUAAGUGUGUGCACUCAAUAAUGUGGCACAUACUGUCCAUCUACUUAUUUACCCUUCGAAGCUGAAGAUUGAUUGAUUGAUUAUGCAUGGCAUAUAAUUAAUUACAGCUAAAGAAUUUUGUUAUAAGUCCAAUAGAGGUGCCAGUAAUGAGAUUGUCUUAAGAGUCCACAUUUAAAUAAGAUGUGUUGUUACCGUAUUUAUCCGAUUAAGCACCCUGGGUGCUUAUUUAAUUUUUGUACCUUGAGAGUGGGCACUUUUUCAAGGCUGGGCGCUUAUUAAAUUUCAAACUUUUCAGCUAGUAGUCAGUGAUUUUAUUUUGCAACAAAACAAUAAAUGAUAACAAAAUGUGCAAAGAUGUACCAAACAAGAAUAUUAACAGUAAUUAAUGUUCAUUAAAGUGUUUUUUAAAAUAUUAAGAAACCUUGGCCUGCCUGGAAGUCUCUUAGAAGUACAUAUAUAUGUAAUCUAUUUCAAUCACCUUGUGCAGUAAACUUGAUUUUUUGGAGGGAGAAGGGGGACAGGGGUGGGCACUUAUUCAAGGUGGACGCUUAUUUGAGGUUGGGUGCUUAAUCGAAUAAAUAUGAUACAUCAUGUCUUUGCUCAGUGUUAUAGACAUCUGAACAGCCUUCUUCUUUUUGCCAUAAUUGUGUCAGAUGUCCUUAUCUUUGAGGUCAGUAAUGGUCUAUAACUGCUUUCCAUUCUAGGGUGGAAACAAAUUUGUAGCUGAUACCCUGGCUAGGAUAACAAUCACCACAGAACCCAAUACUGCAAUUGCUGACACAGAUCUGUUAAUAGAGGCCAUAGUGGAAAACAUGCGUACUAAACAUAAGCUCUUCACAGACCUUGACAAUGCUGCACCCAGGUAUUUAUGAAUGGAUUUUUUGAAUCAACAAAUGAAAUCAUUUUCCCAUUAAUGAAUUCUUUAGUUUGUUAGCGUCGGGAACACUUGACCUGCUUGACUGUAAAAGAGACGUAAAGUUAAUCCAAACUAGGUAUAUGUGAAAGGGGUACCCAGGGUUGGACAUUGGCACUUACCCUCUUGCCCAGCAGGUGAGUUCCAAAACCAUCAGGCGAGUACAAAUCAAGGAUCACUCGCCUGGCUUGGCAAGUGCGGUUUUCAUAUACAGAAUGUAUUUAUUCAAAAUUAAUGUCACUUUUCACUGUCAAUUUGAAAUGUCCAUCUAGUGGUGGAUACUUAAGGCAUUUGUUUGUUUGUUUUUUGCAGUCACACUAUCUUUGCAUCCAACACCUCCUCUUUACCAAUAAGAGAGAUAGCAAGUGUUACAAAAAGGAAGGACAAGUUUGGUGGACUUCACUUUUUUAAUCCUGUCCCUAUGAUGAAGUUGGUAGAGGUACAUGGCUGCAUACACGUUCUUGUUUGAUUUUAGGGUUAGGGAAGGCAUAUAACAUUUUUAUUCUCUCACACCACAGCUGGUAGCGAUUCUUUUAUCCUUUGCUUAAAUUUUAUUUCCCAUUUUUUUUGUUAGGGUAAUUAGUCUCGCUUGGGUAAGCAGCGAGACUCAUAAUCUGCAAGCCAUUUUUCUUCGUAUUUAUGGCACAAAAGGUGUGUCAUUGUGCCAGGCGUUCCUAGCGGAGACCGUGGGAAACUUGGAAUAAUCCUUGCGUAACCGAAGCUAUGCAUGUUUUGCAAAGAAAGCUUAGGAAAGAUUAAAUUUAGAGCUUUCGAAAUGUGUCAGUCCAUGAAUUCUAUCGCCUGAAAGUGUUGAUUACUUUAGAACAAGUGAACACAACUGAGUGGCCAAAAAAAUAAGAAUCUUUAUCAGCAAAACUGCGAUGGUUGGGUGUUGUAAACUUUCAUUGUAUGCAAAUGGUCCUUUGAUGAGCAUGCAGUUUAUUUUCAGCUGAUCUCCUUUUUUGUGUAAUUAUGUAUCUUGGUAGGUUGUACGAACCCCAGAAACAACAGAUGACACUUUUGAUGCCCUGUUCCAGUUUAGCAAAGAACUUGGCAAAGUACCUGUGUCUUGCAAGGUUUGUCCACAAUUUUAUUUUUUAAUUCAUCAACUAAUGUUUUGGUUGCCCACCCAAUGUUCCAGUUACCUGAGCUGUUCUAAUGACUGCUGCAUCGAUACAUUUUGUAGUCCUUGCCCUGAUAUUCAGGAACCUCAGUCACAAACCUUUCUCUGAGUGAGGGUCUCCAAUGGGCCUAGUGUGGGGAAGAAGGAAGAAAGAUGGGUAUCACCAGAAUUGUGGGUAAAGUUUUGACAUAGUAGUCCUUGCCCUGACGUUCACAAGCCUCAAUCUCAAAUAUUAUUUCUCUCUGGGUAAUUUCUAAAGGAUAAAACUGUAUUAAGAAGACACCUCUAAGAGUGGAUAAAGUAAGGCCCUCCAGAGGGCCUACAGGGGCGGAUCCAGGAUUUUUUUUAGUAGGGGGUGCACUCGUCUCUUGCUCUACUUCAACACCAAUGAACCACACAGUUUUUUUUUUUUUUGCAAAAUACCAGUUGUAUUAGAAAACCGCGGGUCAUCUCGGGGGGGGGGGGGGGGGGCCCCCCCCCCCCCCCCCCCCACAACCCCCCCCUGGCCCGGGGGGGGAAAGGAGAGGGAAAGGGGGGUUAUAAAAAUGGUGGGGGGGGGGGGAUCCCUUCCCCUGACAUUCAAAACCCCCAGGGCAAAAUUUUUUCCUGGUUUUUUGUUUUAUAAAAAAACGCAUUUAAACAAAAUAUGUUGAGUUGUGGAGUGUCUUCGGCUCCUCCGCGCAGCAUCCAGCAUACUGGGAACUCGUCUUUUUUUUUUUUAAAAAUUGCUGUGAUAUAGUCGAACACCGGGGUUUCGCGGGGGGGGGGGGGGGUGUGCGCCCCCUGCAUCCUCCCCCUAGAUCCGCCCCUGGCCUAGUGUGGGAAAGUAGAAGGAAAGGAGGGUUAUCGGAAUUGCUGGUGGGGGUGUAGUCCUUGCCCUGACAUUCACAAGCCUCAGUGUCAAAUUCUUCUCUGGGUAUUUACUUUAAGAUAAAACUGCAUUAAGCAGACGCCUCUAAAAAUGGACAAAAUGAGGGUCUCCAGAAGUCCUAGUCAAGUGGAAGAAAGAAGGAGGGGAAGAGGGUAAUACAUUUGCAAGUACCGCAAAAGUGGGCGUGGAUGUGUAGUAUGAUAUUCAUCUAACAACCAUCCUGUACCCUGUUCAGAUUUUCCCUUAUCCUAUUUCAGUUCUGAUUUAAAAUUUGAUACCUUAUUGCAGAGUGUAAAGUAAAUAAAUAAGUAAUUAAAUAUUAAGUAGAUAAAUACAGUGGAACCUGGAUUUAAUGAACCUCUAUAGAAAACGACUUCUUUUACCCCAGUAAUACUAAAAGAUAUGAAAAAGAACCGCGAUAUAACGAAACCUCGUUAUAGGGAACAAAUUUUGCCAGUCCCUUGCCCCUUUGCUAUAUAGAGGUUACAUUUUAGACAAAAUUAUUUAGAGGUAAGCGCAUCCACAAGGCGAUCGAUUCUUUGUCUACCACGUCCCUGAUUAAAUUAGAAUUUUUAAGUAUAAAUUUUGUUUUUUGAGAAGAAGAUUGCCAGAAAAUACCCCUGGGAGUAGGGAAGGCCGCCAACAACCUACAACAAGCUUAAAAUAUUGCGUAUUAGUAUUCACCAAAUCAGUGGAUAGCAAUUUCCGAGUGUACUGAUUGGCUCCCGUAACUCGGAAUAUCCUUGGACAUUCACUGUUUUGGGUUGAGAUUUAAAGUGGCUUCUUGUUUCGCGACAGUUUCGAAAGAUGAAAUCUUAGUGGUAACUGAAGCAGCUGUGCCAAAAAAUACCAAGAAAGAGACAAAAUUUGGCUUGUCGCUGUUUACUGGUCGGUAGAAAAAAAUUUUCUCACUGAAGUUGCAACAAAAUCAUAAGAAAAAAUGAUCCCCGAAACACUGUUAGUUGAAACGUACGUAAACAAACUCUAACAAAGUGACGUUUUUUAUUUACAAAAAGUUCCUCUUUGAUUUUUAUCCAACUGAUUUGGUAAAUACAAAAACAACUAUCCCCCUCAGGGUCGGUUCAUAGCGCUAGAUAUAUAACUCGACACUUCGGGUCUCGGUAAAUUUAAGCACUAUUCACCUCCCCUUUGGGGGAUGGUUGUACAUAUAAUACUAGCCUUCAUACUGGGUGCUUUCAUGGAAGCAGCUAGAGCUCUCACCAUUGCAACAUCUUUGCUCCCUAAGUAUGUUUAGUUUUAAUGCCACCAAAAAAAUAACAUAAUAUUAUCUUUUUUUUUUAUUAUGCACACUAAAAUAUCUUUUAAUGGUUAAUAAAAUUAAUUUUGUCUCUUUAUAGGAUACACCAGGUUUUGUUGUGAAUCGUUUGCUUGUGCCGUACAUAAUGGAAGCUGUCAGAAUGCUUGAGAGAGGUAUGAACCGGCAGAACUGACUAGUUUCAGUUAGUUUGUGGAUUGUGGAGAAAACCGAAAAAGUUAGAAACCCUUUAACGUCAACUACCACACGGGUAUGCCCAGUCUGACAAGGUUUCAUUUGUUACAUUUCAAAUUAUGUUCCUUUAAGUAGCAAACUACAUGUAGAAGUUAAUCCUACAGGACAACACUGGAGCAGCUGGCUUCGUAAAAGGGCAUAGCUGUUGUCGAGGUUACCAUAGUUACCCUUAACAUGUGGAUGGUAUGUGACACGGGGCAUCGAAUAUUUUAAGGAUUUUCGAUAAGCUUUUGUUUUGUUGUUAAGGGAAAACUAAGGCGAAAAAAGACUCAUUAGACUGGGAUGCUGAAUAUUUUUGCAAUGCAAAAUGGGUGUGGAAGUUUCUAGAACGGAAGUUAGGGGUUAUUAAAUACAUUUUCGAACAGCCUGGGGCUGAGAUUGGGGAUGGCAUAUUCAGUGGACACUUGCCCUUACCGUGUCAAUUCUCUGCAUCUGAUUGGGCAGAAAAUAUUUCCUGUCCAAUCAGAAUCAAGAGUAAGAGUUAGUGCUCAGAGACUCUCCUGGAGUGUGCGGUCGUUUCGUAGCUUGGUCGAGCGCAUCGAGAGAAGGUGCGCGAAAACCACAGGGCACUUUUCACUGCUGGCCCGCCUUUUUGACUCGUCUGCACUGACUGAGAGCCUGGCACACGCCAAGAAAUAGACUGUCCUCAUAAUAGAAGUUGAGUCGCUUCAAAGACAUACCGUACUUUCCUUUACUGUUAGUCCAUUGUCCGAUCUACCAACUAUCCAACGCAGAAAGUAUCGACAAGAAGGGUUGAAUACAGAAAUGGAGAAUGCAGCGGAAGUAAAAGAAGCUCGUUCCAUCUCUCUUUGGUGUCAUGAAUGUAGCUCUCCGCUGCACACACCAAGAAAGUCUUGGACUUAAGAAGUUCGAUAACCGCGCAACAAACCAAUGCCUCUUUUAAGAGUCCUCAAGUUUCAUGCAAGUCUUGGCUAACACAAACUAUUUUAAAGUCUUAAGCUCACAUAUAUCUAUAACAACAUCACCAAAACCAAAGCUUUUUGUUUGUUUUUUCAAAUUGAUGCGAAGGGAAUCUACUGCGAAACUACGCAAUCGAUAUGCAGUGAAACGAUUUGUGGCGAAAUGUUUUGUAGCGAAACGACUGGUAAGGUCUCCCGGCGGUUCCUCUUGUACCCUUUGCCCAUAACAAUUUCGCUGCCAUUGGGAUAGAGAUGAACAUUAUCAUAUAUUAUCUUUCAAGUACACACUUAACAUGUUCUUAAACAUUUUGUUCUUUGUCUCAGGGGAUGCGUCAGCCAGGGAUAUUGACACAGCAAUGAAACUAGGAGCAGGUUAGAAAUGUUUUAAACCUGAAAUUCGUAAGGGACCAAAUAUUUUACUUUGUUGGCUAAGAGAUCAACGAGAAAAAUAUUCAAAUAGUCGUUGACUGAUUUGAGUUGUUAAUCGUUCUUAUAUCUUUCAAGGCCAGCGGGUAUUCGCCGGGUCAGCGAAAAAAUUAGCCUGCGGACACAGAAGUAUUUCGGGUCGUCGCUUCUCUCCACGUGAUCUGUGUCCGCAGGCUACGAAAAAAUGAGCCCACAAAAGUUGAAUUUUUUUUCAGUGCAUUCGAAGUAAAAUGAACUUAAAGCUUUUCUAUAACUUUUGCCAUUAUAGAAAUAUCGCUUAGAUUUUUUUAUUGUUUGAACAACGCAUGCGCAGUAAAUGAUCGUCCCACAAUGAUGGAAGAGACUUCUUUUAAUUAAAUUUCGCUUUUUCACAACAUUGGUUAAAAGGGCCUUUGCCGUCACUGGCACGUGAGACCUUCGGGACUCGCGCGGAAUCGCCAUCCAAAGAUUUCGGAGGCAUAAUCUUUGGAAGUUUGAGGCAGUUGGUAGCCGCUUUGCACCGACGCCCGCCACCAUAACAAUAAGGUACAAGAGAGCGGCCAAAGUUCGAAAUGAGUUCGGCUCAAAAAAACAGUUUGAUGUCUGAGCUGGGCCUAGCCCAUUGUAUAAAGUUGCUGUUUGUCCUUCUAUAUUCAGCAAAAUUUUUAGGUAUCCUUUUUUACGAUACUAAACGUUCGUGGCUCAGUGUCCCGCUCAUGUGAAGGGUUUUACUGUGCUCCAAAAAAGGCACGCUUCUCAAUAACUUAAAAUAUACUUAACUGCCGAUUUGUAGCAAACAGCUAUGGAAAAACAGUCCACCUGUGCAUGUAUUAAACUUGUAGUAUCAAUAUUUACUUAUUUCUCGUGCAUAAUUAAACAAACUGUUGGCAUAUGAUUCUUAUAACUUUCUUUUCCCCUUUACGUGUAGUUUUUCACUUAUCGUCAAAUUGCUAAAACAAUCUCAUUUUCUUAAAGCAGAAUCUUCACCAAAAUGUAAUCAGGAAUCUAGGAAGGUAAAUUCAGUAUUCUGCAUUGCCAAGUAUUUUUUCAAAAACAUGACAAUUAAGUACUUGGAGCGAAGGCAAAUUUUGCCUGACGGGGAGUUAACUGCUAAAUAUGUCGCAUUUAGCCAACAAAUGACAAUAAACCGAGAUUACCUUCGAGGAAUUAGCGGACAAUCAGCGUAGAAACCGCAUGAAUAACGGAAAGACCAAUGAAUAAUGAUUGGCGGUACAGAAACGGUAGGAAACCGACCACGAAUAAAACUGCGAGCAGCCAAAAGUGGUGGGAUACCGCUCAAGAAACCACAUGAAAGUAAACGUCUGAAAAGAGUGACAAAGAGGAUUAGCAUAAAUAGUUAAAUACAGCAACCGCAAUUUAAGAAACCAGGAAAAAGCAAAUUAAUUCUUUGUAUUCGCAAGGCUGUUAAUUUUGCGGCGUGAAAAGUUAUUUCGGACCUGACAUCUCUUCCCGUAAGCUGAAACACAUCGUGCAGUCGUUUGCGUGUAAGCCUCAUGAUGAAAUACACAACUUCAUUUAGGCUGGAGCAAAGGUUGGUGAGCGCGAAAAAGAAGAUUGCGAAGCUUGAGGCCCUCGCGAGAGAGGCGACUUCACCAAGGAGUGUCGACCUUAAUGGCCGUCCAGAGUUUAAAGUGUCGAAAAAAGUUCGGCUCCUGGACGCUUCUUGCUGCGGCUCGUUGAUGAAAGAGAAUCGAAUUCAAGAGGAAAUUAUUCUGUGUGCCGAUAAAACAGAUAACUUGAACGGCAAGUUGCUUUCUUUUCGGUGCAAAGUAGUGGAUUCAGAGCGUACGCACCACAGUUUGGAAGUUCAAAAUUUGGCUUUGCAAGAGCAUAUUUUAAAAGUCGAGGAAAGAAUUGCUGUGUUAGAACUCCUCCUUAAGGGCUCAAAGCAGCAAAUAGGUUUUCAUCCUGAAAAAGGAGAAGUCCAGUUAAAGGUGCGGGAACACACCUCCAAACUAGAAAGCCAGAUUAAGAAGAUUAUAACCCGUGAUGAAGUUGAGUUGCCAGGUGAAACAAUCAAACUGAUGAAAUCAGAUGCAGACAACGAAAACGCUCAGAUUGUUUGCAAAGUUAAUGCUUUGGUGAAUUUUCGCGACGGCGAAACCGCUCGUAAUAAAACAAAAUCGCGAAGAGAAAUAAGCGGCGAGAGGAAAAUUAGUGAUGUAAGAGGAAAUAAAGAGUACCUAACCAGCGUUCGAGGGUUCUACUCGUCUAGAGGAUCUUCUGGUUGUGAAAAACUCGAAGUACGACAAUUUUCAGACAAACUUUUGUCUUCGAAUGAAUUAAGUCAGAGAAAAGACAAUGUCGAGAGAAUCUUUUCACUGGAUUUUCACACCCUUCACGUUUGGGACAAAUCUAGAAGUGUGGAGCACCAAACGCAUCAUAGAGAAACGUUGAGUAAAAGUAGAAAGUCAAGUGAAUUGGACAGUGAAUCAAAGCCGAGAGACUUUGAGAAAGAGAGUAGCACUAACACUCUUGGAAAGUUUCGCACAUCCAAACGUUUUACCGUUGGCAAAGAUCAUCCACCUAAGCCUGAGAAUGAAGAAAAGUUAUCUGCUGAAACGAAUAAAGAGUUUGCAACAGACAAUCAAGCUAGUAUUAAAACUGAACGAGAAGCCGGCAUAUACAGACUUUCUCUUGGGAGUAAACACUACUCGGACCAAAUGAAGAUGGGCACUCAGUUUUCGGGUCGAUCUUUGGAGGCAAAGAACGAUGUCGGUAGAAGAGGACAAGGAAGAGCUAGCAACUUUCGAUUGUUUAUUACUGAUAGAAAUUUUCGCCACAGUGAGGAACGCGAAGACAGCGGUCCGAACGAUUGCUCCGAAAAUCUCUCAGUCGAACAAUCUGGAGAUGUUAUUUAUAAUUUCCAGGCGCUCAGCGCAGAAGUGGGCACUUGUCAUUACGAGGAAGGAACUUUGGAAGGAGAUCUAUUGAAAUUACGAGCAAAACUUAGCGUUCUCGAAAGUUACAUUAACAAGUUGAUCCAGGAAAAAAGUGCACUACUCAAUGAAUUGAGUGAAACGAAGGAAACUGCCGAGAAAAAAGUUCUAGAAAGUGCUAAAUUUCUUUUCCUCAUAAGCAACGCUAGAAAUGUUAAGGAAGAGGUUAGCCGCAAGGAAGCAAAUUGGAAGGACCAGUUCUUGUUUGAAAGUGACAGCAAAUAUGCCGCCGAUGAUUUUCUUAAAGUUGAGGAACUCGCCGCAGGCUUGCAAGGCACAGCCGCUUCCAUGUUUCAAACCGACAGUAGACAUUUGGAAGAAGAGCUCAUAAAAUUGCAAGCAAACCAACAUUCUCAUCUUGAAAGCUUCCUUGAAGAAUCUCUCCGGGAUAAAACCGCAUUACUUGCUGAAUUAUACGAUACGAAGAGCAGUAAUCUGGGUGAAAAAAGCUACCAUAAGUACCCUUUUUACAGCCCCAGCAUCAACGGAUUGGAGGCUUUGGUGAGCUGUAAAAGUUGUGAACAAACUUUUCAGGAAGGACGGAUUUUCCUUGAGAUAAGUAGAGAAAUUUCCAGAGAAGUUCGAAAAAUUCGUGAACUCGCAGCAGAUUUGCAAACAAAGUACACCACCUGCAAAACAGAGUUAGAGAAACAAAGAACGAUACUAAGUACACUUCUCUCACGCGAGGAAGCUGCAAUACGGCAGGCACGCGAGGACGCGCGUGAAUUGCAGCUGAAACUCAAGAAAAGUCAUUUGAAUGUAGUGACUUAAUGGUAAAAGCACUCAUUGAAGACAAAAGACGAAUUGAAAUAAAUAUUCAGGAAUUAGCGAGCUAUGUGCCACAAAAAUGUCGCUCUAGUGAUGAAGAUCUUGAAGAAAUGCGAUUGCCUUGUGCAAGGAUAAGAUUAGGCGGAAGCGAGAAUUAACCCAAACCAACACGAUUCUUGAGAAAAAUAUCAACAGUUGUGAGAGACCAGGGCACUAGUUACAGAACCAGGAGCUUUCAAGAGCUCUAAAUACAAACAAAUGAACCGUUAGGGCGUAACGCCUUCGAACAAAAGGGAGUCAGUUUGUUGAAUAAAAGAUUCAAUGAUACUCGGCACGAUUAUGCAAAACACGACGGGAUUGACAAUAAAUAAGGUUUCAAAACUGAAACGUUAGUGAUUCGAUUUGACGUGGCGUGGCGUGGAUUUUAAGGGGACAGAUUUAUUUCAAAGGCAUAGUAAAAGAUUUUUCCGUGAGAACAGGCAAAAAAAUUGCAGAAGCCUGCAUUAGCCGGCUUCCCUUUUAUGAAAAGCACCAAUAGGAAGGCUGCUUUUAAGUGGAAUAUGUACUCGUAAUCACGAGCGUGAAUACCGCGCCGAUUGUUAUCGCCGAAAGAUAGAGUACGAGUAGACGCUUAAAGGCAACAAUGGCAGCGAAUGAAACUAUGGAGCAAUUGGAGAAAGACUUAAACCAAAAUGUUGUGGAGUUUAACGGCAAAUGCGGGGAUGACCAGCUGAAAAUCAGUGAACAACCCGCGAAGAACUCGAGAGAUGUUACAGAGGCUGCAAGCUGUGCCUCGCCGCUUGAAUCUGGAGAACAGAAUAAUGCUGUUGUUUCUAACGGCAACGCAGUGGAAGAGGUGAAUGUUGCUGAUCAUGAAAGUCCUUUACAAAUGGAAGAUGUAAAUGGAGGUGAUGCUGUUACAAGCUCAGAUGCCGUCGCAGAUGAUUGUUUGCCUCUUAGAUCUCAAGAUGAGUCCAGUGCUGAUGUUGUAAUGGACGUUAGCGAAGAAGCAUCAGCUGAUACAACUCCUGUACUGCCUGAGCAAACAGAUAGCGACGAUGUACCAAGCUUAGAUGCCGUCUCUGAUGAGUUUUCCGAAAUGAAGGCGCGAAAAGAAUCACUGCAGCGUCUAUGUGACGUGUUAAUGGAGGAGAGAGACCAAGCAACGCGUGCUCUGAAAGAAAAAGAUGAUGAAGUAUUGCGGCUAAGAAAGCGCUUAUUGGAGAGUGAAGCAGAGAAAGAGAGCGUGAAAACUCAACUCGGAGAAGCUUUGGAUCGAUCAGGCCUGGCCGAGAAAAAAAUGAUCAAUGAACAAGAAGAAAACACGAGACGGCAGACAGAGAUCACGAGGCUUACAAAAAAAGUUGAACAACUAGAGGCAGAGAACGGCAAUUUGAAGAGUCAACUUCAACAAACGUCCAUAACAAACGGCGUUUUAAAUGGUGAAAAUAAAAUGUCUCCUGAGUCAGAAACCGUCACGUUAUCGUACGCAGGCGAGCCCGCCUCCGAUGUGAUUUCCACCGUUGACGGAGCUGAAGAUAAAAGCCAAGAAAUUCCUGAUAUCGGAACUAAAGAAUCGGAGAUUGCAGAUGAGCCAAAACGUGCUGAUGGAACAAAGGAUCACGAGUCAGACUCGAGUAAUGAAGAGGUUGUGAGGAGAAGAGAGAGAGCGGCAAAACGCACCGCUCCAAAUUUUUACCGUCACUCUUUCGCGGGAAGCUUGCCGCGGCCAUUCCACAGCUUCGAGUUGCCGCGUCAGAGUUCAGUUUCUCGAGAAGAUGGCGCUCGUAAUGAAAGAUCGGGGUCAUUUCAUUCGGAUACGAGCGGCGAGAGCGAGUCGUCUGAGAGUGGUAUUCAUUCUGUUUCUGGUUUACCAAGCUUCAUGAGGAGAUCCGAUAAACCUACCUUCCGCAAAUCGGGUUACAGCCCCGUUCAGUUCAGUUUUCAACCGCUACCCGAGAGUAUAACACACAGACGAGAGAGUUGGGAUGCUACGCGGUACACAAGACCAAGAGGGGGUAGCUUGAGCAGGGCCCGUGAAAGUUCCGAGAGUGAAAGCAGCGGGAUUGGCAGUUUAUCAAGCGUGGUGCACAACGAGAACGAGUUAAACUCAGCGCCAGAUCACUUAGACGGAGGGCGAGGAGAGAGCAAGGGGGAAGUUGAAUCAGAAAAAGGUAGCGUGACAGUGCAUGUGUCCUCGCUGCCUUCAACAGAUUCUCACAGCAACGCUGAGAAUUCGCAGAAUUCCGAAGAUUUGAUUUCGGGAACUGUCAUUUCGAUAGACGAAAGUCCCCCGAAUGUGUCGUUACAAAAUGGAGAAAAACUGGAUUCAAACUGGAGCUCUCAAGAUCAAGAGCACCCUGAGGAAGACGAGAAGAAAGAAAAUGUUUCUGAAUUAGUAAACAUUUGGAACAAAAGAACAACUGAAGUUACCGAUGUAUAGCAAUGAAUAUAAUCCAUUGCCUGUCUCUAAACCUCAAUUUAGAGGUAUAAGGAUUAACAAGGCAUGGGGAUGUUGAUGUAAUCGCCUCAUGUUUGAGCUGCUUUUUAAAUCGCUAGACUGAGAUGAGUGAAAGAUACCUUACGCAUGCUGUUUAGUCAAGUGUUCGAUACUCGCGAUGUCCCUCGGCGCGAUCAAGCGUUCGAUGUCGUGACGCUUGUAAACGUUCUUUUCAUUCUUCCGCCAAAGACAUAAUACGAGGUCUCAUGGGUCAACGGAUUGAAGCAUUAUUUUGGCUUCUAGGAAAAUUGAAGUGAGGCACACACAAAGCUCUGGUUAUUAAAAAUGUUUGUUAAGCAUGAAAUAUUACGUACAAUAGUCAAAUAUGUUGUAAGUGGUCUAACCGAAACGGUUUUGUCAACAAGCCUCUUUACUUUUUCAGCUUUUUACUCUUAGCAUGCAAUAGACUGAAAACAUGUACCAUAAAAAGUCUCCGUACAUGUAAUUCGUAGAAAUAGGAGACCUACAAUUUCGGAUUUGAGAAUGAGAUGGAGAGAGGAAUCAGAGAAAUUCUCAAUUUCGUAAAGCUUUAAAUUUAACACGUCUAAAAUUUUAAACAAAACAAUACCGAAGUGCUUGUAAAUUCACAAAGCCUAGGAUGACCGAACACAUACAAAUUUUAUAGCAUCGCUUCAAAUGCAUUUCUAGAGGUCUAAAAGAACUGUAAUAGCCUAAAAAGCGCUUUAAGCCCCAGCAUCAAUAUAUAAAUUCUCCAGACUGAUCUACAUACAUUUCCUUAGAGAAUUAGUCAGGAAAAUUGGAUAAAAGAUCAAAGCAUUUUCCCUUUUGUGAUCAUUUUAUGAAUUCUCAUAACUUUUUCUCUUGAUAAUGCAUUGAUACUGUAAGGAGAAGUUGGAUGUUGGUCACUCUUGGGGUUUUAAAGGUUUAAAUAUUGGGAGGAAAUAGUGGUUAGGUGUGCAUGCCCCUUAAAACGGCUGAAAAGCUUUUCAGUUUUUUACGUGGCAAAUUGACUAUUUCGUGAUGAACGUUAACACUAAAAAGUCACGACUAUUGUGUUAAUUUUCAUAUGAAGAUACAGACGUUCGUCUCAUUGUAAAUUGUUUUUGCCCCAGAGCAAUAUAACUUCUUUUUGGUUCAUUGAUACAGGUUAGGACGGCACUGAGCUUGGUUUUAGUAGUUUAAAUGAAUACUUUAUAAUUUUUUGUCAAAUAAAGUAGACUUUUUCUCCAACACAAUCUAUACCUGUUGUGUGAAACAAUGAAAUAAUUUUUAGCGGGGCUCCCACGCGCGUGAAGCGCGCGUGGGACAGAGCCCCAUACUCAUAGAUUAUGGUCAACCUCUUUUCGUUUGGUUGUCACGUGAUGGACCGAGCGCACGCGUCUACGGAUUGUACGGGUGGGGUAGGGGAGACUAUCAAAAGGAAGGGAGGGGUGUCUCAGGCGUGUCUUGCCAAGUCCACAUCUUUUACAUUGGACAUUCAGAAUAUGGUCAAUUGACAGCUGUCAAAACAGGAUAGCCACUGACUAAUAUCCCAUGACCGUAUCGCGAGCUCAUGUGUCAACUCAUUGAGGUGACGUGAUUUAUUUGGAAGCUGUCCGCUGACCAGUUAAUUAUUUUACUAGAUCGCGAUCAAUGUUCAGUCUCAUACUUUCUAGCUAGUUUGGGAUCGGAACACAGGAAAACUGACACACAUAUUGGUUUUGCUUGUAAACUUAUAUUUAACUACACACAUUAUGUAGUGGCACAAAGAAGCUAGUCAAUUGAUUUGGUAAAAAAACAACAUGCUAAUGGUAUUGAAAAAUAUUGAGCUUUAAAAUACUCUCCUCCGAUAUUAAACCUACAAGUGACAUUUACAAAGCGAUUGAGUUUUAAGACGACAUUCAAAGGACACAGCCUCAUAAUGUAUUUAAAUCAUGCUUAGACGUGAUAAAUACCCAAAACCAGUGUCAGAUCUGGAUAUAUUUUUAAAAAGACUACGUGCUGUGUACAGCUGAACAUUGUUCUCUGAGAUCGCGUAAACCUAAACUUUACGGAGAUAUUAAAAGCAGUUACUCUCACAUAACAGCAGCUAUGGAAAAAUUAUUAUAUUUUUGAGUAGACAUAUCUCAUAAACGGACUACAAAUUCAACAGGAAUACGCGCGAACUGAAUAAAUUGUCUGUUGAACAUUUAAAAGAUUCUGCUCCACUUACACAAUUUUCCCUUGCUGAACAUAAGCUGUACCUAGCCGUAUCUUGGUCCGCUAUAUAGAAGCGAUAUCAUCGUUCAAAUUUUAAACUGUCAGAUCCCCUGAAAUAGGUCUCCUCAAUGGAGCAAUAUGUAAAAGGUUUCAAAGGUUUCACGCCGGUGAAGAUGUGCGGCCUGUCACCUCUUGCAAGUUUUUACAAUGUUGUGAUCAAUUGACAGCUGUCAAAACAAGGUAUCCGCUGACCAGUAUCACUUGACUGAAUCGCGAAACCUCCACGAAACAUCCACGCAGCGCGCGAGGUAACUUUAUCCCGAUUCUAAAAGUAACUCGAGACGAAUUACCUAUGGAAUAGGGUGUGUAUUGGGGAUGCCUUCUCUGUCCCCUUUAUCCUCUCUUGGGUAAACAAUAUGACCAAUAUAAAGUUAUUUACAGGAAUGUUUAUCGCUUUCUCGACAAACGGGCCCAUCUCGCGUGGAACCAUUGCUGAUCACUCGCGCGAUAUUUUUAAAUAAAGAUGUAGAGCCAGCACGUUAUUGUUAACUUAUCUCACGCCGGCUCACGCUUGCGGGCCAAUUUCUCACGCCUGAUUGAAAAAUGUGAGUUGUUGCCGUCUUGCUUUACACAACUUCCAAAAAUAUGUUAACUCAGACCCAUGUAAGGAACGAAAACCCUGUGUAAGAUGAAUAAAUGACCUUCCUUACGAUCUCUGAUUUUUGAAGUGAAAAGCAUUGGGAGCGAGCUCGCGUUUAUACGCGUCCUAAUGACCUAAUGACUUCGGACGUCUUCGGAAGACUUCGGACUUCUUCAGGAAUCUUCGGAAAUGAUCGUGUCGUCUUCAAAAAUCCCAGCACACCCAGGAUAUAAUUCUCACGCUUAUAUCUCAGAAAAGGUUGGCAGGUAUAGUAGACGCUUAAAGGCAACAAUGGCAGCGAAUGAAACUAUGGAGCAAUUGGAGAAAGACUGAAACCAAAAUGUUGUUUCGAGUUUAACGGCAAAUGCGGGGAUGACCAACUGAAAAUCAGUGAACAACCCGCGAAGAACUCGAGAGAUGUUUCAGAGGCUGCAAGCUGUGCCUCACAGCUUGAAUCUGGAGAACAGAAUAAUGCUGUUGUUUCUUACGGCAACGCAGUGGAAGAGGUGAAUGUUGAUGAUCAUGAAAGUCCUUUACAAAUGGAAGAUGUAAAUGGAGGUGAUGCUGUUACAAGCUCAGAUGCCGUCGCAGAUGAUUGUUUGCCUCUUAGAUCUCAAGAUGACAGUGUCGAUGUUGUAAUGGACGGUAGCGAAGAAGCAUCAGCUGAUACAACUCCUGUACUGCCUGAGCAAACAGAUAGCGACUAUGUACCAAGCAUGGAUGCCGUCGCUGAUCAGUUUUCCGAAAGGAGGGCGCGAAAAGAAUCUCUGCAGCGUCUUUUUGACGUGUUAAUAAAGGUAAGAGACCAAGCAACGCGUGUUCUGAAAGAAGAAAAUGAUGAAGUGUUGCGGCUAAGAAAGCGGUUAUCAGAGAGUGAAGCAGAGAAAGAGAGCGUGAAAACUCAACUCGGAGAAGCUUUGGAUCGAUCAGGCCUGGCCGAGAAAAAAGUUAUUAAUGAACAAGAAGAAAACACGACACUGCAGACAGAGAUCACGAGGCUUACAAAAAAAGUGGAACAACCAGAGGCAGAGAACGGCAAUUUGAAGAGUCAACAAACGUCCAUAACAAACGGCGUUUUAAACGGUGAAAAUAAAAUGCCUCUUGGGUCCGGAACCGUCGCGUUAUCGUACGCAGGUGAGCCCGCCUCCGAUGUGAUUUCCACCGUUGACGGAGCUGAAGAUAAAAGCCAAGGAAUUCCUGAUGUCGGAACUAAAGAAUCGGAGAUUGCAGAUGAGCCAAAGCGUGCGGAUGGAACAAAGAAUCACGAGUCUGACUCGAGUAAUGAAGAGGUUGUGAGGAGAAGAGAGAGAGCGGCAAAACGCACCGUUCCAAAUUUUUACCGUCACUCUUUCGCGGGAAGCUUGCCGCGGCCAUUCCACAGCUUCGAGUUGCCGCGUCAGGGUUCAGUUUCUCGAGAAGAUGGCGCGCGUAAUGAAAGAUCGGGAUCAUUUCAUUCGGAUACGAGCGGCGAGAGCGAGUCGUCUGAGAGUGGUAUUCAUUCUGUUUCUGGUUUACCAAGCUUUAUGAGGAGAUCCGAUAAACCUACCUUCCGCAAAUCGGGUUACAGCCCCGUUCAGUUCAGUUUUCAACCGCUACCCGAGAGUAUAACACACAGACGAGAGAGUUGGGAUGCUACGCGGUACACAAGACCAAGAGGGGGUAGCUUGAGCUGGGCCCGUGAAAGUUCCGAGAGUGAAAGCAGUGGGAUUGGCAGUUUAUCAAGCGUGGUGCACAACGAGAACGAGUUAUACUCAGCGCCAGAUCACUUAGACGGAGGGCAAGGAGAGCGCAAGGAGGAAAUUGAACCAGAAAAAGGUAGCGUGACAGUGCAUGUGUCCUCGCUGCCUUCAACAGAUUCUCACAGCGACGCUGAGAAUUCGCAGAAUUCCGAAGAUUUGAUUUCGCGAACUGUCAUUUCGAUAGACGAAAGUCCCCCGAAUGUGUCGUUACAAAAUGGAGAAAAACUGGAUUCAAACUGGAGCUCUCAAGAUCAAGAGCACCCUGAGGAAGACGAGAAGAAAGAAAAUGUUUCUGAAUUAGUAAACAUUUGGAACAAAAGAACAACUGAAGUUCCCGAUGUAUAGCAAUGAAUAUAAUCCAUUGCCUGUCUCUAAACCUCAAUUUAGAGGUAUAAGGAUUAACAAGGCAUGGGGAUGUUGAUGUAAUCGCCUCAUGUUUGAGCUGCUUUUUAAAUCGCUAGACUGAGAUGAGUGAAAGAUACCUUACGCAUGCUGUUUAGUCAAGUGUUCGAUACUCGCGAUGUCCCUCGGCGCGAUCAAGCGUUCGAUGUCGUGACGCUUGUAAACGUUCUUUUCAUUCUUCCGCCAAAGACAUAAUACGAGGUCUCAUGGGUCAACGGAUUGAAGCAUUAUUUUGGCUUCUAGGAAAAUUGAAGUGAGGCACACACAAAGCUCUGGUUAUUAAAAAUGUUUGUUAAGCAUGAAAUAUUACGUACAAUAGUCAAAUAUGUUGUAAGUGGUCUAACCGAAACGGUUUUGUCAACAAGCCUCUUUACUUUUUCAGCUUUUUACUCUUAGCAUGCAAUAGACUGAAAACAUGUACCAUAAAAAGUCUCCGUACAUGUAAUUCGUAGAAAUAGGAGACCUACAAUUUCGGAUUUGAGAAUGAGAUGGAGAGAGGAAUCAGAGAAAUUCUCAAUUUCGUAAAGCUUUAAAUUUAACACGUCUAAAAUUUUAAACAAAACAAUACCGAAGUGCUUGUAAAUUCACAAAGCCUAGGAUGACCGAACACAUACAAAUUUUAUAGCAUCGCUUCAAAUGCAUUUCUAGAGGUCUAAAAGAACUGUAAUAGCCUAAAAAGCGCUUUAAGCCCCAGCAUCAAUAUAUAAAUUCUCCAGACUGAUCUACAUACAUUUCCUUAGAGAAUUAGUCAGGAAAAUUGGAUAAAAGAUCAAAGCAUUUUCCCUUUUGUGAUCAUUUUAUGAAUUCUCAUAACUUUUUCUCUUGAUAAUGCAUUGAUACUGUAAGGAGAAGUUGGAUGUUGGUCACUCUUGGGGUUUUAAAGGUUUAAAUAUUGGGAGGAAAUAGUGGUUAGGUGUGCAUGCCCCUUAAAACGGCUGAAAAGCUUUUCAGUUUUUUACGUGGCAAAUUGACUAUUUCGUGAUGAACGUUAACACUAAAAAGUCACGACUGUUGUGUUAAUUUUCAUAUGAAGAUACAGACGUUCGUCUCAUUGUAAACUGUUUUUGCCCCAAAGCAAUAUAACUUCUUUUUGGUUCAUUGAUACAGGUUGGGACGGAACUGAGCUUGGUUUUAGUAGUUUAAAUGAAUACUUCAUAAUUUUUUGGUCAAGUAAAGUAGACUUUUUUUCCAACACAAUCCUUACCUGUUGUGUGAAACAAUCAAAUAAUUUUUAAGCUAAACAAUAUGACCAAUAUCAAGUUGUUUACAGGAAUGUUUAUCGCUUUCUCGACAAACGCGCCCAUCUCGCGUGGAACCAAUGCUGAUCACUCGCGCGAUAUUUUUAAAUAAAGAUAUAGAGCCAGCACGUUAUUGUUAACUUAGUUAACUGGGCUGCCUGUAAGGCAGAUCCAGUUCAUAAAAUGGGUAGAGUAGUGUCAAAAAAUGAACACUAUCAGUUAUUUACCCAGUAUCCCAAAGGGCGUUGCGUGAUCCAUAAACCAUGUUUGUCCAUUUUCGCAGAGUCUGUUCUUUAAUGCAAGCAACACACGCCUUUUGGAGGUCCAAAAAUUUCGGAUAAGGGUAAAGAAGACUCGUCCGACGAACAGGAACUUUGAGAAUUUUGCACUCAAGUUUAUCUCAUAGUCUCAUUGGCCAGGGGGCAAAUAACCGGCGAAGCUUCGAGAACGCAAAGCUUCACCGGAAGUUUGAAAUGCCACGUUGAUGAAAAAGAGUACUGUACAAGUUUCAGGGACUUAGCAUCAUUGAGCUUACAGUUGUUCUCAAUGUGGCCCAGAGUUUUUGCUUUUGUUUGUAUCUGUACGAUUAAAUUCGUGCACGAUCGAGUGUUAUGCUUCUCCUUAUUUCUGUGUCUCCGCCUAUUCAACAGUCGAACGAGCACGAUUAAUGCACGAUAAACUUUGAAAGUUCACGGCUCGCUUCAACACCUUUUUGUGUAUAUGUUGUGGUUCAAUUUUAUCCUUGGUUUAAAUUUUAUUUUCUUUUGUUUCAAACUCAUUAUCAUAUAUUACCAUACCCCAAAACAAAAGAAAAUAAAAUUUAAACCGAGGAUAAAAAUGAACCACAACAUAUACAACCCGUAUUUUACUGAAAGUGUUCCGAAUACGUACACUGUAAAUGUGAGGAGGGAAAGUAUAUGUAGGGUUUUAACUAUAUAUUAAGGUCAAUUACAUUAAGCUUCGAGAUGAAUCGCUCGAACAAAAUAAAAUUUAAGUUCGUGUUAUCAGCACGUUGACCCAGAGUCAAGUUACGGUAGAAAACAAAACCCGUUAUCGUCUAUUGAUCAUCUCUAUCAGUCUCGGUUGAAUUCGUGAUGGGUUUUUUAGUCGGUUGUUUUCUCUUAAAAACUGUUCGCUGUCUGCUGUCUGUUGUUGUCGUUUUCAUGCAGUCCAAUAAUUUUGUACAGUCUAGGAUGUUGUGAAAGGGUUUCCGACAAAUAAUCACUCUCGAUGUGGUUGUCUUCAGAUCUUCUUUAUUGCGGAGCUCCACGCGCUCGCGAGUGGAGCCCCAUUGACUAUUUUCCAAUUCCCCAUAAUACACUCUGUCUGCCCCCCAAAUUUUGCAUAACUUAUUGUCUUAAAAUGCUCUUGGGAAAAUGAAUGGUUUAUGCAAAAUUUGAGGGGCAAACAGAGUGUAUUAUGGGGAAUUGGAAAAUAGAGAAUACAUAGAUUGGUAAUCCAUCCAUCCGAGAAAUUAUGGUAAUCACGUGACCGUCCGCACCACAGGCAUACCAAUGUAAAAUAACUCAGUUAACAAGUAUGACACCACAGGCAACUCGAGGUGUUUUUGGCGGGAAAUCUCAUGGCCACCUGGACUUUUAGACAGAAAAAACAACAACAAGGUCGAGUCUUUUUCGACCUUAUUCUUUACGUCUACACUCACGUGGAUAAGAGAGAAAGAGCCAGAGCGAGUGAUUUAAAACAAAGGAGACGAAUUUCGUUGGAAGAAAAACAUGAAAAUUUCAUAGUGGCGGUGAGAAAAUGAGAAAUGCUAGCGGCCAGCAAGGUGAAAAUGAGCAGCAGUGAAAAAAUUAAAGUGAACAGGAACACAAGCAACGAAAUUUUUGCUGAGCACAUACAAAAAUUCCUCCAUAAAAAGUAAUGUGUAAGUAGGAAGUUUGACGUUUUAGUAGUGCAAAGCAAGGGCAAAGAAAUGUACAAAAAAGUGUACUGCAUGUGCAAAUUUUUUUGUUUUGUUUUGUUUUUUUGUGUGUGCUAAUUAGAUCUAUUGAUUUUGUUGUCGUUCUCAUUGCCGUCGCCGUUUAGCAUUACAAGUUUAUAAGUAACUGGUCAACGAGAGCUUCGCUUUUAGCCCUGGCUAAAUCUAUAUUUUACAUUUACGGUCACAGAUUUCCCUUCUAUGUCACGCAGUUGUCGGCAGCAAGGUUAAAUAUGGCAGCCCAGUUAAACUCGCUUUUCGGCGAGUCUAGUUUAUCGUAAAACCUUCUACCCCUGACGUAUCCCAAAUCAAUCAAAAUAUAAGAAAAGUCUUUAUACAGACUAUAUUACAUAUUAGAUUAUAUAAUAUAUAGAUUUAGCCAGGGCUAAAAGCGAAGCUCUCGUUAACAUCUAUAGUUUACUCAAACAAAAUAUUAAAUGGUGUAAUGCUUAGCGGCAACGGCAACAAAAACAGCCGAAAAAAGUCAGUAGGUCUAAUUAGCAAAAACACAACUUUGCACGUGCAGCACACUUUUUAUGUACAUUUCUUUGCCGUUGUUUUGCACGACUAUAACGUGAAACUUCCAGAAACUUCCUAAUUACACGUUUUAUUGAGGAAAUGUUGUAUGUGUUCCUGUUCACUUUUAUUUUUUUCACUGCCGCUCAUUUUCACCUUGCUGGCCGCUAGCAUUUCUCAUUUUCUCACCGCCGCUAUAAAACUUUCAUGUUUUUCUUCUAACAAAAUUGAUCUCUUUUGUUUUUGACUCUCUGUUUUCCACGUCAAUGUAGACAUUAAGACAGAAUCCAUCAGGAAAUUGAGUAAUUUUGAUUCUCAGUGGACAAAAACCUUGUACCAGAAUAAUUUAAACAAUUUCGUAUUCUUUUUUACAUUUUUCAAGGACUAUAGAUAUAAUUAGUUAUCUGUAAUUGACCACUCCAAAAAUACCAUAACAUACCAUAAUGCUCUUUGUUUGUCGCCCCAAAAUUUUGCAUAAGCAUUGUCUUCAGUUUCUCUUGGCAGUUAAAAUGGCCCCAAGAGAAACUGAAAACAACGCAAUUUUGGGGUGACAAACAAAGGGCAUUAUGGUAUGUUAUGGUAUUUUCUGGAGUGGUCAAUAACACCCAAAGACUAUUUCUCAUGGGAGCCCGAGAAAAAAAAUGUAAAAUUCUGAAAAUUUCAUGUGAAAGACGUCAUUUUGUGAAAUUUGUGGGUUUUUUCCCAUAAGAUCAGUUCCUACUAGACAGUCGACUGCAAACCACGUAUAGAGGUAUCUUUCGUAAUAAAAAUACGUGACAGGCACAUCAGAGAAAUUUCGGAGCCCCGGGAGGGUGGAGGGGCUGGGUACUUCCUUGUGAAAACCAGUUAUGCUUGUCGGAAAAUUAGAAUUAGACCAAAAUGGCCCUGUCUCAGUCUCUAUUGACACCUAAGAACACCAUACGAAGCCCGGAGGGGGAAGGGGUACUUUCAAGUGAGGGGGGCAGUUGUGCUUGUCGAAAAAUUAGAAUUCGUGGUUCAGGCUCUAUUUGACCCCUUAGGCACACCAUGCGAACCCCAGAAGGGGGAGGGUAGUUUCAAGUAAAGGGGGGCAGAUAUGCUUCUCGAAAAAUAUUGGCUUGCCAUCCUGAACACCUAAGUGACACCAAAAUCUGCACUUAACACCCCCUCCUUUCGUUUAGGACUAAUAUUUUUUUUUUUUUCAAGCAGAGGCGGGCACACGAGAUCGUGUGUUGCUUGGGGUCAGCCGGUUGCCCCUUCCAACCUGGAAACAACCCUCUGUUCCCACCCCCCCCGCCCCAAUACCCCCCCCCCCCCCCACCCUCUCACCCCAUCGCCCAUCAAAUUGCGCUCCAAGUUUCUUAACUUAUUUUUAACCCUUUCUGGUAAUUUUCAAGUAAACUUUUGUUUUUAUUUACUUUUCUAAUUUUAGGUUAUCCAAUGGGACCAAUAGAACUGGCAGAUUAUGUAGGACUCGACACGACAAAGUUUAUUAUUGACGGUAUGUUUUGUAGUCACGUCCAAAGUAAGACGAAAGUGCUUCUCUGCCCUUCGGAUUCUAUUUAAGUUGCGUCAUAUUGUUGCCUUGCAAAGCUUAUGAUUUAUGCGUAGGCUCAACGUCGCUUCUUUUUGGGUUCAAUUUUUCUCAGUAGGCAAAUGCGCAAGUACUUUCGUAUUUGCCAGCGCAGAUAAUACGAAAUUUUCCAUGAAACCAUCGACAUUUCCUUGAAUUAAUUGCACUGGCAAACGCCGUCCUUGAAGAAAUUUUCCUCAGGACAAAACAACUAUUCCAUGUUCAAAAUAAUAAGGAGACUUUUCCCAUGUUUUUCGUCUAUAGUUCCUUGGAAAACUAGCCUCCGAUCAGGCUCACUUGUACGAGUUCGGGGAAAUAGGGACCUUACGAAAACACGACGACGACGGCAACGGGAAAGUCAAACACAACUACGACGUAAAAUGUCCAAAUUUUAAGUUUACUUGGGAACUGGAACGGCAAGGCGAUAAAUUCUACCAUCUCUGUCCGAACUUGAGCGCGUUCCCCUCUCUUCAGCUCCAGCCAAAAUCCCCUUUUUUUAAGUAACAGGGUUAAUUGGGAUAAUCGCGAAAAAGUCAAAAUGAUGCGAAGUCUGUUUUUCAGCGACGUUUUCAUGAACGUCGCCGUUGUCGGAUCGUAAGGUCCCUAAUGUUUGGCAGCGGCGCCUUUUACGCGCGCCGGCGUAGCAAGCGAGUCGAAUGGGGCGAGGAAAAGUGAAUUUCUAGUGUUCCUGAGGCCUUACACGUUUGUCCAAAAAACAGCAAACAUCCCGCCGUAAAAUUUUGCUUUCUCGCCUUUUAACUGUUUUCUUCCCUGUUUAUUUCACACUUUCUCUCUCUGCUCAUAAUUUUUAGGAAGGUUGUCUACACCUGCAUUUUUAAAAUUCUAUGCUAUAAAUUACAAACCUUUGGAUAUCGUCUUCAUUUUCUCGUCGUUAUCAUAUUUCAGGUUGGCAUGAAAAAUACCCAGAUGUGCCGCUUUUUGAGCCGAGCGAAAUUCUUAACGACCUUGUGGCUCGAAACAAGUUGGGAAGGAAAACUGGAGAAGGAUUCUACAAGUACGACUAGAACUCAGGCUACAACAAGGUGAACAACACGGUUGAUCUCUCAGGACCACAAGGAAGUGGAUCCUUUAAGCAAAGCCAAGAGUUUCGUCAACUUGAAUGACUAAAAGUUUGUUUUCAAAUUUCCUCUUCCAAAAUGACCGCUGAGAGGAAGGUUUUACAGUGUUCAACUUUGCAUUUUAAAGUUAUAAAUAUUUGUAAUUUCUCCCACCAUUGCCUUCAAAGUUGUGUUGAAACCCUUCUUACUUCAGUGAUUCAUUAAAGAAGC